AUGGCAAUCUUCAAGCUCCUGAUAUCAUCUGCGAAGCCCAGAGACUUUGAGAGAAGAACUGCUCUGUCUGAACAAGACCCUCGCAACCCUUCACACUACAAAGUCCGAGCCGGACACCCCCGGCCGACGGAGGAGUGGUUCUACCAUGGCUUCGAGCUCGCCGAGGGUGAAGACGACGCAAGAAUGCCAACGCGAACCACCUACACCAAGACGAGCUUCGUGCGCAGCUUGACUGGAAAUUUGAGCCUUAGCGCACGUCUGCGCCCUUCACAGACAUGUUUCAGCGACAGCACCCCAAGCCUGUUGUCCAGGUGCCAGACGACGACCUCGCCAUCCCCGUCUCCGAGAUCCCAAAGAAGAACGUUCCACAAAGCCCGCAGCCACGCACUGCACGUUACCGAGCGUGCGUCCCUGCAUCAGCGCCGUCGCGAUGCAGCACGCACUCGCAAGCAACAGCAUCGUACAUGUGCGUGUCACUCAUCGCCCACUGUACCACAGCAGCAGAAAGGGGUCCAACCACCCCAGCCCCAACAUGGGCAACACCCACUUGCACGCAACCAAGACCAUUCGUUUCGGCACCCUUGUCGCAUGCACAACACUCCUCACAGCCCUCAUGAGCUCAUCCCACGAGCACUAGCAACGUACCUACCUAGCCGAGCACCGACUCGCCCAUGCGCCCCCCUGCACCAGCCGCGCCAUCAAAAUACGAGAGUCAUCGUCGUCGUCGUCGUCGUGAUGCCAUUUCGCCGCGCAAUAGCGCCAUGCACCGACGACGCGGCCUCCAGGCUGGUGAGAUGA